AUGCAAAGACCUCAGCAACUACCCAGUGGGAUCCCUCCUCCAAGCCCAAGUUCAUCCCUUUACCCGUGGUCGCAACGCCGUUUGAACUUUUCUUCUCCACAAACGAACCCGUUUCCUCGCUAUGGAGCAGCAAUCAAUUCGGUAGCAUCCAAGGAAGGAGAUAUUUAUAUGAUGGGAGGUCUGAUCGAUGGAUCAACAGUCAAGGGUGAUCUAUGGAUGAUUGAAAGCAGUAGUGGGGGCUUGAACUGCCUGCAGGUUGCGACAGUAUCCGAAGGUCCCGGGCCGCGAGUCGGUCAUGCCAGUUUGCUCGUCGGGAAUGCGUUCAUUGUGUUUGGCGGUGAUACCAAAAUCGAUGAGAAUGACUCUCUGGAUGACACUCUGUAUCUCUUGAACACAUCUUCCCGCCAAUGGUCCCGCGCUAUCCCUCCAGGCUCUCGACCUUCUGGGCGUUACGGUCACACUUUGAACAUUCUAGGAUCCAAACUCUACGUCUUCGGAGGCCAAGUUGAGGGCUUUUUUUUUAAUGACUUGAUUGCAUUUGACUUGAACCAGCUUCAAAACCCAGCUAAUAAAUGGGAGGUUCUGAUUCCAAACAGUCACGAAGGUGGACCUCCACCAGGCCAGAUUCCCCCGGCAAGAACAAACCACACCAUUGUUAGUUUCAACGACAAGUUAUUCCUGUUUGGAGGUACGAACGGAGUGCAUUGGUUCAAUGAUGUCUGGUCCUACGACUAUAUUGCCAAUUGUUGGACCGAAAUUGAUUGCGUUGGAUUUAUUCCGGUUCCUAGGGAGGGCCACGCCUCUGCUUUAGUCAACGACGUGAUGUAUGUGUUCGGAGGUCGCACGGAUGAGGGCGUGGACCUGGGUGACCUGUCAGCCUUCCGCAUCUCAACCCGACGCUGGUACUCCUUCCAAAAUAUGGGCCCUGCGCCUUCCCCUCGAUCUGGUCAUAGCAUGACCGCUUUUGGCAAGCAAAUUAUUGUUAUGGCGGGCGAACCGAGCUCGGCUCCCAGAGACCCCGCGGAGCUUAGCAUGUCCUACAUCCUCGACACUAGCAAGAUCCGGUACCCGAAUGAUUCGCAAGCCGGGGGUCGCGUUCCCGAGCCAGCGACCAGAAAAACGAGUGUUGAUAAACCAAGCAUCUCGUCUGGGCGCUCAUCUCGGGAGGCGCAAAAUGUCGGCCCGGAUCAGCAUAUGCGCCGUGGGCCGGCGCCAUCGCGUGAGAGUUUGACACAGGGUACGACCGCUAGUAGGCCAGGUGAGUUCGGCUCCAAUCCAAAUGUGGGUGCUGGAUCUAGACUCCCACGGACAUCAGUUGCCCAAGCCCCUGCCGGUCCACCGCCUCCUGGACAAGCACCCUCUCCUGGCCCUCGUGGCAACGGCCCUCCUGCCGGGACGAACCCUGGUAGCAAGCCUCCGACCAAGAAUGAUCGAGGUUACAUACCAACCGUUGAAAAUCGCAUAUCGAACGAUGAGCGUGGCGAAGAAUCACCAAUCAUGAAGGAAGGCCCACAAGAUUCCCAUGAACCUCCAUCAGCAGGUCGCCGAACUCCAACACAACAUCAAAAGCCCUCAGCCAAAGCGAUGGAAGCUGGCGAAGCAGCUCCGUUGAUCAGUACCCCAGGUCGACAACGGUCGCUCCGUUCUCACCGACAGCGCGCGUCCGUUGAUAGCGGAGAGGAAUCAAUUCUCGGUCGGCAGGCUAGCAUUGAUGGUUCAAUCGAAUCUCGAGGCUUCCGCAACUCCAAGACCCUUGGUGAUGAGCCACGGUCCCCUCGACUUACACCCCAUCAAGAGGCGUUGAUCAAAGAGCUGGAGGUCACCAAAGCCCGAAACGCCUGGUACGCCUCAGAACUCGCACUCGCAAGGAAAUGUGGCUACGUCCCCAAUGCGACUAGUAGCCCCGCACUAGACGACCGGGCGAAUGAGACCCUGAGCGAUGAGGACCGCCCGCUGCUUGAGGCCUUCUUGGCUAUGAGAGCAGACCUCAACAAAAUGCAGGCCACCGUGGAUCGACAGGCCGCCAUCGCAUCUAAACGGGUUGCUGAAGUGGAACAUCAACGUGAUAUGGCCAUCAAUGAAGCUGCUUAUUCCCGGGCCAAGCUUGCCGCCCAUGGCGGUAGUCAGCGUGGAACCCCUCAGCCUGAUGCUUCUCAGGAUGGAGAUGACGAGCGACCUACUGACAUGGGACGUCGUCUUGCUCUCGCUCUGGCCUCAAUGUCGGAAUUGAAAGCUAAAUUGGACGCGCAAAGCACCGAACUUUCGCAGGAGCGUCAAGCCAAGGAACUUGCUGAAGAGACCAACGAGGCAACCCGGAAACGCCUGGCAGAGCUUGAGAUGCAAAACAACACUUUAGAAGCCGAAAACUUGCGCGCCGAGCUUCACCAAGCGGAGGCUCUCUCCAGAGAAGAGGCCUUCUUGCGUGCGGAAGCCGAAGCCUCGCUCCAACAACUCGUCCUGGACAAAGAAGAGUUGUUGGCACAGAUUGAGGAUUCCUCGACCCGCCUCAAGGGCUUUGAGUCCAGCUUUAGUAGUCUCCGAGAAGCUGUUUCUGCCUCCGCCGCGAAGACAGCCCUCGUUGAGAAGCAAUUCCAAGAGGAGCGAGAACGUCGCGAAGGUCUAGAGAGAAAGCUUCUGCAGCUCCGAUCGGAGCACGAACAACGUUCUAGCGAAGUGGAAAAUCUUACUCGUCGCCUUCGAGAUGCAGAGGAGUUGGCCAAAAUCCACGCAAAGGAAGCCGAAACUCACAAAAUUGCCUUCGUAUCUGGGCUGGAACGCGCUUCUUCCACAGAUUUGGAUCAUUCGUUCCGAACUCGCGCUGAUCAGCGAGUCGCUGCUUUGGAGGCCCAAAUCGAGCGAUCGACCACUCUGGCUAAAGCAAACCAGGCAGCCGCGAACGCGGCGUCAGACAAACUCCGCCGUGCAGAGGAACGGAUUGCUGGUCUAGAAGCAUACCAGGAACAGGCUAGCCGCGAAGGCUUGCAAUUGCGUAGACAGCUUCAGACUGCGAUGAAAGAAAGCCAGUCAGCCGCCACGACCAAUCGUGACCUGAAGGCUCAACUUGAGACUCACCAGCGAGAGGCUGGGGCUCUGGCGGUUCAGCACGCCGCUUUGAAGGAUCUUCUUGGCGAGCGUGGAAUCAAUGGCGACAAUGGACGUUCGCCGCGACUUGACUUCCCGGGAUCACGAUUUGGGACCCCGGAGCAAAGCCGGCUACGCGAGCUUGAGCAACAGCUCUCGGCUAGCAUCAAGGCUCAUGACGACCUGAAGAACGGCUUCGAAAGUCGUGAGCAGGAAGCUGAUCGAGCUUUCCGAGAAAAACUUGAGCAGCUUGAGAAUGAUUACCAGUCAGCUGUUCAUUACGUGAAAGGAACAGAGAAGAUGUUGAAGCGCAUGAAAGAUGAGCUGAGUCGAUACAAGACUCAGAAUGCCAAAAUGCAAUCUGAAUUAGAUAUGGCCCAGAAGAGUCUCGGGAAUUCAGACAGCCGGACACCUGGAUCUUCCGCUGAGUGGGACGCUGAACGGUCCCGUCUCGAGCUGUCGAUGUCGGAUCUCCAGGAUCGAACUUCAUCUUCUAUCAGCAGCCUUGAAAGCCAAAUCACGCAGCUCAGGCAAGAUCUUGAUCAGGCUACGGCUGAGAAACAGUUGUCACGAAUUGAACAGGAGCGUCUUAAGCAAGAUCUACUCAACGCCGCUGCGAAAAGUCGUGCCGAGCUCGACCAGCUCAAGCAAGAAAAUACCCACCUUGAAAUUCGUGCAUCGGAUGCAGAGCGUAAGGUCAACAUGCUUCUGGAGCAGGUUCAAACAUCUGUUGGUCAUUACCGUCGUCAAUCUCACCACGGGCAAGGUGCCAACGGAAUCUCACGUACACACAGCAACGCCUCUAGCAGUAACACCAUCAACGGAGGCAAUGGGCGGGCACGAGCCGAUAGCAAUGCCUCGCAGGACUCUGCGUUCCCUGACAACCGUGGUUCGAUGGCUCUGGACUCACUUGCCAACGAGUUGGACGCUUUGCGCAGUCACUGGGAAAGCACCAACCGCAAUUACCGUCUCAGCAACCAGCUGGAUCUGGAGCAGACUCCCACGAAGGAUAAUAGUGACGGACCCGCCCUAAUGAGUGGUAGUUUGGCAGAAUGGAGGAGGAGACUGGACGAGAAUGACCGGGCUGGGUUUGAUGUGCAAACCAACUCUUUGAAAACUGGAGCUGCACCCCCUGAACACUCUAAUUUGUUCUAA